AUGAGGGACGGGGUGUCCAACAAGGGCGACACGGUCGAGUCUUCCCCGUGUGUCCAGGCGGGGCUGCCGGACGCCUUCGACCUGUCGGCACCGUCGACGUCUUCGUCGUCGGCGCCCACCACCCCCGUCGGCGGCCGUCGCGUGAAGGCGGCCAGCCUGGACGGGCUGUGGCAGCAGCAGCUGGUGGCGCAGUGGCUGGCCAGCCAGAGCCCCUUCGCGCCCCACCAGCAGCUCCACCAGUCGCCGCCGCCGCCCCCGCUGCCCCCGCACCCCGCGCAGCACCAGUCGCCGCCGCCGCCCCCGCGCACCACGCCCAGCCCGCGCCGCCAGCAGCAGCAGCAGCAGCAGCAGCAGCGCGCCCAGGCGCCGUCCACGGCCGCGUCGUCGUCGCCGACACCGCCCAGGCCGCGCUCCAGGCCCCAGACGCCCAAGUCCACCUCUCCGGGCGCCGCGCCGCACUCCAGGGCCGCCUCCGGUGAGUCGCACACCGAUGGACGUGCGGGGGCGCCGCCCCCGGAGGCGCUGAUCCUGCAGGUGCCGCAGUUCGCGGCGCGGCCCGCCGUGCAGCCGCCCCCGCAGUACGCGGCCUUCCACCCCCAGCUGCAGCCGCAGCCGGCCUUCCACCACCAGCCGUCGCCGGCCGCAGGGCUCGCGCACCGCGCCCACGACGACGAAGAGGACUACUACGACGAGGACGAGGACUACGAGGAGGACCGGGAGGAUGAGGACGAGGAGUCGGGGGCGGCGCGCCUCUCGCGGCUCUCUGCCAUGACGGACGCGCUGCGCGAGCAGCUGGCGGCGGCGCUGCUGGAGGCGCGCGGCUCGGGGGUGGGCAUGGAGGCCGUGCUCGCCGCCUUCUCGGCCGCCUCCGCCGCCUACAGCGCCGCCGCGCUCGCCGGCCGGCCCCCCUCCGCCUCCGCCGCCCCAGCCGUCGCCCCGGGAGCCAAAGCCGCCGCCGCCGUCGCCGCCGCCGCGGUGGCCGCCGCCGCCGCCGGGGGCGGGGCGGCGCUGGGGGCGGUCGGCCGCCCGGGCCCUCCCCCGCCGCCGCCCCCGCAGCCGCAGAGGCAGCCGCAGCCGCCCCCGCCGCUGGACCCGACGGCGCUGGCCGGCUCCAUCGUGGGGGUGGCGUACGGCGCCGGGGGCGGCGGGCUCUACGGCGUGGGCGCGGGCGUGGGCGUGCCCGGCGUCUUCCCGCCACCACAGCACCACCACCACCACCAGCAGCAGCACCAGCAGCCGCCCCCGCAGCCGCCCCCGCCGCCGUCGCAGCCGGAGCCGCCGCCCGACACCGCCAGGGGCUUCCAGCACCAGGGUGAGUCGGCCGCCCUUCGCUAA